AUGCUUGACAUUUGGCCCAAGGGGUUCGGCUUGUUCCAGCGGAUGCUGCGCAGAUGCACCAAGAUGCCGUGGGACGAUGGUCAAGGAUUUCCCCGUGCCGUCUUCAUCUACCUGGCUGCAGCACUGCCUGUUGCACUUGAGGGCCGCAGCGGCUUUUCUUUGUCUGGGCUGCCCUGGGGUCACUGGGAGGGUCAAUGGAGGUCCAAGCAUCUCUGUUGGGGCGGCUCAUCCCCACCUACUGAUGAGCUUGGGAAGGUGUUCCAGUUUCCCGCUGAGGAUGUCACCUGCGAGUUCCGCAACGUGUGCUACAACCCGGGAACAGAGCAUUUUGUGUAUUCCAAAGACUCAAACGAGCUACGUCGACCCCUUCCCCCGGUCAGCAUCUGGAGUGGUCCACCUGAGCCUAUCUUCGGCGGCUACGAUGCGCCGCGCAAGAUCCUGCCUGUGCACGUGCAGGAGCCGUUGGCCCCGCAAAGCGUGCUGAGUGUGCCGACAUACGUGAUCUUGCGUGGUGCCAGCUCAAAUCUAGCCCAUAUGAUCCACGAUAUGAUGCUGCCACUGGUCAUCCUCCUGUCCCAAGCUGAGGGCAGCCGCGGGGGCAGUCAGAGCGGCCGCCGCGUGAUCUUCUUUUUGGAUGAUUGCAACCCAUUGAGCAUUUACAACAGCCCGCCGGCCAUGCCCAAGCUGAGGAGUAACACAAAAAGACAAAGCUGUGAGCGGUUCAGCGACAUGCUUGUUCCCAUCAUCUCCGAUUGGCCAUGGCUCGACGUGGAGCGCCUGCUUUCGGCAGAGGGCAAGAAGGAGAUCUGUUUCUCGCGACUCAUUGCAGGCUCCGGUCGCUACGGUCUCUUCUCGGGCUACAGCGAAGAUAGGCUGAGUGGUCUCUACCUGAACACAAUUGCCAGCGGCCUGUUGGGCACCCACAUGCGGCUGCUGCGUGACUGGGCCUACGAGCGGAUUCUGGAGCACCCUGGCCAAUCGCCCCGUAGCACGCCUGGCACGCUAGCACUCGUACCCAAACCUGUAGGAGAGCGCCGAGAUCUCGCGAACAUGGAAGAGGUUGCCACGUGGUUGGCUGACUGGGCCCAGGCCCAUCACCUGCAGUACGUGGAGCUGCGUCUUUGGGCCAUGAGUCUUCAGCAACAGUUGACGGCACUGCACCAGGUACGCAUCUUGGUCACUCAUGCAGGGUCUACGCACGCAGCGAGCAGCACCUUCUUGCCUGACUGGGCCAGCGUCAUUGUCAUACCGCAGUGCGGUGGCUGCAAACCGACUGAGGACAUCCGCGAGGAUUGUAGUGGAGACAGCCUGUAUAUGAGGCCUUGCUCAGCCGAUGAGAUGACCUUUGAUUUCGUUUGGCCACGCCCCUUGCUAAGGAUCUUCUGGUAUCCGGCCACACUGCAAGACACCGAAGAGCGAGUCGGACACCUGGACGUCAGGAUCAACCAGGGCCUGUUGGUCGCAGUCUUGGAGGAGGCCAGCCAACACAUGGACUUCCAGCGCAUGCCAGAGCCGCCCGAGAUGUCAGAACUGCCUGAGCUGCGCAUCUUUUCCUAUUCGUGGCCUGAGAUGCUGCAUUUGCCACUGCUGCUCCGCUGCUCCGCCGAACACAGGCAGAGCAUGCCGAGCCUCCGCCGGACCUGUGCAACGAAGAUCAGUGAGACUUACUGCGGACUUCUUCAUCGACGCCCUGCCUACACGGAGACUACGACGGAAGAUCUCCUACCUUCUCUUGGCAGCUGCAGCUGCAUGAAUGCAGCUCUUGAGGCUGGGGCGGCUGGGAGUGGGGCGAGUGUGUCUUGGAACUGGCAGCAGCUGUCCAACGUGGCUUUCCUAAAGCUACAGCUUGCAAGGCACGAGCUCCUCUUUUGGUCAGGCCUAACCAUGGAUGCCAUGACAAACAUCCUGUUUGGCAUGCCCCACUCUGUUAUGGGCUUCUUCGGCCACCCUUCCUUGCUUGAGCUUCUGCGGCGACGGGCGUUUUACGAGGACAGUGAAGGUUUGGAGUGUUCUGACCGAGAUGACUGCAGGGCGAAACGUGUCUUAACGCUUAUUGAGUGGUUGAUGGUAGCACGAAAUGUGUUCUGUCAACACGGAGGCCUCUCAACUUGGGAGCUAGCGUCAAACGAGCAAAGCAUCGACCUGAUAGAUUUCCGCCGUCACACCCUGCUUGUGGAAACCAUAUUUGUGGAGCUUCUUAGCGAUGCACAAGACUCCACAUGGGGACCAAGCGUCAAGCUGCUGCUGAAGGUUCUGCAGGAGGAGCUGGCAGUGGAUUUUGGCUUGAACUUUCGGGUGACAAGCCCAUGGUGCAGCACCAACAUCAGCGCAGAAAGUGCCAGCGGGGAGCCGGCGAGGCUUUUCACAGACCUCGACUUCUCGUGGUUCUCCAAGCUGUGCGCCUUACCUUUGGAGCCGCAGCAAACUUCCGAAGCAACCGAAGAUGUAGAAACCCUUGAGCCGCACAUAGCUGAAGAGCCUUCGACCUGCCAUGCCAGUGGCGUGCCACGAAAGAGGGGUGAUCUUCUGUUCCAUGUGUUGGGCCAUGCCGUGGUGAGCCCACAGCAUCGGCUCACCGACAGUGCAACGGAAGUCGAGGUACUGCUCUUUGUUUACAGUCUGGAUGGCUGCAUUCCAGUCGUGAGAGAGAAGGUCGGCCAUGUACUCUCCCAGCCAGCGGUGCCGCUUUUCCCUUGGCGUUGCGGUUUCGAAGGCUGGAGUGGCCAGGCUGUUCCAGUCUCCAUGAUGGGCUUCACUCUGACGAUCGUGUGCCCGGUCCCUGUGUGGCUUCGCCAGCCUUCGCUCCUGCACCUCUUUGCAGAACCUCAGGAAAUUCAGCUACCAAUUUCCAUGUGCAAAAAGCAGAGCGAGCCAAGGGAGCGCCUCCGAUUGGCAAUCUGCCUGCGCAUCCAUUAUGACAUCAGCGGGCUGGUAAAGGAGUCUGGCUUAACAUACCUGGUCCGAGAUUGGAUGAACUUUCAUCUACUCUCAGGUGUGGAUAAAUUUGUGAUCUACGAUGAGGAUGGAUCCUUUGGUGAAGUGGAGGCUGACUUGUCCAAGCACCCUCGAGUGAGCUACUUCCCGCGUUGGCCAGAGACGUCUCUGCCACUUCUUUCAAGCCGCUUGCAGCUAGGGAAGCAAGAAGUCGGCAAAGACAGCCUGGCCGCACAGGCCAACUCCCACUGUGUUAUGAUGUUGAAGGGACAAGUGGACUGGAUCGCUAUGCUUCCCGGCUUCGACACCUUUCUCUGGACUUCGCAGAGCUCAAGGCAGACCGGUGCCUUGAAGGCGGUGCUUGCAACAGUGGAGCCUCACCGCGCAAAGCUGGCCGCCCUUCAGCUCAUGGAGGUGCAGUACACUCAGGGCAACUAUCCCAAGGGUUCCACACUCUUGUCUCAAAGGAUGCGAGGACUCCCCAUCACCAACCGAUCGCACACGCUCCUGCUGAACCCAGAGAAUGUGCUGGAAGUUGGGAUGGGCCACUUCGCUCUGCCACGCCAGGAUGCACACCUUGUUGCAGUCGAAGCGAGUCGGCUGCGAGUGAACCAUUACAUUGACUUUGUCGAGUCCAGUGGCUCCCGCUGUGUGAACUGCACCAUUCUGGACGACGUGCUUAGCCCGGAAUUGGAGUCAGAGGUGGAGAUGAUGCGGCGGACGACCUGA